AUGACCUCGGGCAGGUCCCUGGGCGGUGGCCGCGUGCUCGGCAGCGGGCGAAACUUGUCGCCCGCCGUGUCCCCGCGCCCGCCUGCCCACCACCACCACCGCAAUGCUAGCUUACUAUCGCCCUCGGAGAGCUCCAUAUCGCUCAGCUCGCAGACGUCCAACAGCCCAGCAAGUACCGCCGAAACGAGGGACGAUAUAGGCAGCAAAGUGCUGCUUCCAGGCUCAGAGAAUGCAGCGGCGAGCGCCUCCAGUAGGCUUGUAUGCCCCAUCUGCAACGAGGAAAUGCUGACGUUGCUCCAACUCAACCGACAUCUUGACGAUAACCACCAAAACCUGGUAGAGGAGGAGCAAGAUGAAGUCAAAAACUGGUUCGAGCAGCAAAUGGAGAAAGCAAAGAAGUUCCAGCCGCUGGCCGUCCUGAACCAAAAGCUCAAAGGCCUCGACGUCUUCGAAUCCAACGAUGCUCCCACACCGCUCCCAUCCGCGUACGCCUCCACCGCCGCCCCUGCGCACGAACCAGUACCGGUCCGCCGAGACCCCGAAGAAGAAGUCACACGAGCACACUGGCAACGGCCAAGUUACCGCGAUGUUUGUUCAGACCCGAUAUGCGGAAGGCCCAUCAGUGGACAAUUGACGCUGGGAGGCAACAAUAGUGCCGUCAACUGCAGAUGCUGCGGGAAGCUAUUCUGUGAGGAUCAUACGAUGUAUCAGAUGAGGCUAUCGCGGCAGGCAAAACAUGAUCCGGUAAGGGGCAUCUGGUGCAGAGUGUGCGAAACAUGCUACAAGUCAAGAGAGGGGUAUAAUGACCACCACGGAUCAGACCGCGACCACUUCAAAAAGUUCGCAGACAUCCGGCGGAAAAGGGUAGACCGCGAACAUAUGGAGAUCAGCAGGCUCGAGAAGCGCUUAACAAAGCUAACCCAGCUAUUGGCAAAUCCGCCCCCGGAUGAAGGUGCCACGAGCAGCUUUUGGCCGCUUUCGGGAGCGAAGAACCAACGGAAAGUUCUAGAGCAGUCCAUAAUAACAUGGGAGGAAGAUGCAAAAGUUUCACAUUGUCCGUUCUGCCAGCAGGAGUUUUCCAGCUACACCUUUCGUCGACACCAUUGCCGCAUGUGUGGCCGCGUCGUGUGCGGUGAUCCAAAGACGGCGUGCUCGUCCGAAGUCGGGCUCAACGUCGCAGCAGGCUCUAAUGGAAACGAAAAAGAUGGCAACCAGAUGGGUGUUGACAUACGCAUGUGCAAAGACUGCAGUCACACCUUGUUCAGCAGAAGCGAUUUUGACAGGGAGCUGGCACAGAAGCCGACGGAUCAGCGCGCGUAUGAGAACUUGGCGCAGUUCGAGAGGGGCAUACGAUUGCUCCUUCCUCGGUUCCAGAAGCUGCUCAUGGCACUGCAAGACCCCGACAAACCCCCAUCACCGCAACAGCUCACAGAUGCCACCAAAGUACGGAAGAGGCUCAUGGAUGCAUUUGCACAAUACGAUACUGCGGCCAAAAGAAUUCGAGAUUUGCCGACUGAAUCUCCUACCCAGAUUAAGUUGCAGAAAGCCGUAUAUCAGCAAGCAUAUAAUUUUCUGAGUACACACAUGCUGCCAUUACGGUCCUUACCAAAGGUUCUCAAGCACGCGGUUCCUCAGGGCUCUAAGUCGAGUGGUCGUCAAAACGGAGGCGGCGCACUUGCUUCCAUCAAAUACAAUGAUAGACAGGCGGGAAGUGUUGUCAGUAGUAGCAGCGCAGUAUCAGCACUAGAAUCGGAAGAGAAGGAGCUUCGUGAAAGACUCAUUAUCUUAGAGGAGCAAAAGUUCAUGGUAUCGGAGAUGGUGGCAGACGCUACUAAGCAUCGUCGAUUUGACGAAGUCACUAGCUUGGCCCAGAACUUGGAGGAUCUAAACAGGGAGAUCGAUCAGAUCAACGGCCAGCUUGGACAACUUGACUUUGCUGGUGCAUACCAGCGCGAGUUGGCGAGUCCACCACCCGGAUGA